GACAAAGUUAAACUAUAAUCCUCCAAAAGAUGAUGGAUCAACUUAUAAGAUUGAACUUGAAGGGAUAUCGGUAAUGGUUAUGAGAGAGAUCCUGGAUUACAUCUUCAGUGGGCAGAUCAGGCUCAGUGAAGACACCAUCCAGGACGUGGUGCAGGCCGCAGACCUGCUGCUGCUGACGGACCUGAAAGCCCUGUGCUGCGAGUUCCUGGAGGGCUGCAUCGCCGCCGAGAACUGCAUCGGCAUCCGCGACUUCGCCCUCCAUUACUGCCUGCGCCACGUGCAUUACCUGGCCACGGAGUACCUGGAGACCCACUUCCGGGACGUCAGCAGCACCGAGGAGUUUCUAGAACUGAGUCCUCAGAAGCUUAAAGAAGUGAUUUCUCUUGAGAAGCUAAACGUUGGCAAUGAAAGAUAUGUAUUUGAAGCAGUCAUUCGGUGGAUAGCACAUGACACAGACUUAAGAAAGGUGCACAUGAAGGACGUGAUGUCGGCCCUGUGGGUCUCUGGGUUGGACUCCAGCUAUUUACGGGAGCAGAUGCUGAAUGAGCCGUUAGUCCGGGAGAUCGUCAAGGAGUGCAGCAACAUCCCACUCAGCCAGCCGCAGCAGGGGGAGGCCAUGCUGGCCAACUUCAAGCCCAGGGGCUACUCCGAGUGCAUCGUGACCGUCGGCGGGGAAGAGCGAGUUUCCCGGAAACCAACAGCUGCGAUGCGAUGCAUGUGUCCUCUCUACGACCCUAACAGGCAGCUCUGGAUCGAACUGGCCCCUUUAAGCAUGCCCAGGAUUAACCAUGGAGUUCUCUCAGCAGAAGGAUUUUUGUUCGUAUUUGGGGGCCAAGAUGAAAAUAAGCAGACCCUGAGCUCGGGAGAGAAGUAUGAUCCAGAUGCAAACACAUGGAUGGCCCUGCCUCCCAUGACCGAGGCACGACAUAACUUUGGGAUGGUGGAGAUCGACGGGAUGCUGUAUAUUCUCGGAGGGGAGGAUGGUGAUAAGGAGCUGAUCUCCAUGGAGUGCUACGAUAUUUACUCUAAAACCUGGACGAAGCAGCCUGACUUGACUAUGGUUAGGAAGAUUGGCUGCUAUGCAGCUAUGAAAAAGAAAAUCUAUGCCAUGGGCGGAGGAUCGUAUGGGAAGCUUUUUGAAUCUGUGGAGUGCUAUGACCCGAGGACCCAGCAGUGGACUGCGAUAUGCCCACUGAAAGAGAGGAGGUUCGGAGCAGUGGCCUGUGGUGUUGCCAUGGAGCUGUAUGUGUUCGGGGGAGUCAGAAGUCGUGAGGACAUGCAGGGCAGUGAGAUGAUAACCUGCAAGUCUGAGUUCUACCACGACGAGUUUAAAAGGUGGAUCUACCUUAAUGACCAGAAUUUAUGCAUCCCUGCCAGUUCCUCUUUCGUCUAUGGCGCUGUCCCUAUAGGAGCCAGUAUUUAUGUGAUUGGAGACCUUGAUACAGGUACCAAUUACGACUACGUGCGCGAGUUUAAAAGGAGCACAGGAACCUGGCACCACACCAAGCCACUCCUUCCAUCCGACCUCCGCCGCACUGGGUGUGCAGCCUUGCGCAUUGCGAAUUGCAAGCUUUUCCGCCUGCAGCUCAAGCAAGGCCUGUUCCGCAUCCGUGUUCACUCUCCUUGAAGAGGAAGCAGAGCAGGAGGCGAGAUCCUGACCUGAGUUGACCGUAACAUAGCUUUACACGAGGGAGAGCAGAGACGGCGACUGGAACGGGUUCUGCGUGCUGGGCUUCGGUAUGGUACCUCUCUGGUGGUUUGAUAAUGCUUAAAAGCUUGAGCUUCAGCUCCUGUUUAGGAGAACCUUUAACUUGAAAAAACUACCUGGGAGGAAUCAGUGUCUCCAGUUAGGCAUGCCUGUAAACCGUGGAGGCUAGUAACUAUCAAAAGGAAAGGGAGUGGGAAUUGGUAUAAUGUAAAAUAUUACAGUUAAAACACUGAGGCGGGAAUUGGUAUAAUGUAAAAUAUUGAAGUUAAAACAUCAAGGUGCAUUUCCCAUGGCGGGAACACAUAUCUGACUGACCACCGUGUUCAAGUUCGAGGCUUUGGUAAACACAAACAAAAUCCUUAUAUGCAAGUCAACAUAUCCAGUCAUACCAAGACCGCUUUUCUACUGCACUUGGGAGGGUGUAUUAUGCCUAACCCUGCUGCCCACCGAGUUAAGGUUUGUGCCUAAACUGUUAGGUUGGACCGUAUGCCAGUUAGUACCCAUUUAUUACUAGUACUCUGUCCUAAGACUCUGUAAAAGUGUAUUAUGAAUCGAAACCAAGAUAAGAUUUCUCUCUUGUAACAUUCUGUCUUAGUAACAGAAAGAUGCAGCACAUGGGAGAGUCAGGCUGCAGCGCACGGGUGAGCUUACGGAAGCUGCUGGCCGCCGUUAAUCGAGGGUGAGGUGUGUCAGGCUGGGGUUCUGGGCAGUACUUCCGGAGCUGUGCGGAUCUCAUGCGGUGCCAUCCUUCUUUUUCAGUCGAUCAAAACCAUUUUAUAAGUAUGGGGAUAUUAUCGAGUAGGAGUUUUUAUAAAAGAAAGACCUGAGUCAGAAAAAGAAAAAAGGUCGGCUAUGACUGCAAAAGAUAAAUGAAUAAACUGUCCGGACAAACUCUGUAGGGAUCAAAACUUUUUAUUAUCUGUCUGAAAGCACACAAAGUCUUGUUUACUGUUUAGGAUUUGAAAACUCGUCAUAGAAUGCACAUCUGUGUUAAGAAUCUAGUCUUUGUCAUGGAAUUUUCCCAGUGCCGUUCACUAGUAAGAGUUUCAGAAAAAUUGCUUUAUGAGAAAAGUUUGGCUGGUAGAGUAAACUACCUCAACUUACUUUCAUUGUGUUCAUAGUGGAGCAAACUCAUCUUCCU